AUGGAAUCCCUGAUCGUCCCCAGAAAGCUAUGGGAGCAUCCCAAUCCCAAGAGCACGCUCAUGUACAAAUUUAUGAACUCGGUAAACAAAUCACAAAACCUCCAAUUAAAAACAUUCUGGGAGCUCUACCAAUACUCCAUAACCAACCGAGCAGCCUUCUGGGAUCAAGCAUUCCAAUUCCUAAACCUGAUAUACACAGGCAGCUACUCCCAGGUCGUAGACGAAUCCGCACGCAUUGAUGCCAUUCCCCGGUGGUUCGAUGGGUUGCAUAUGAAUUACGCCGAGAAUCUGCUGUACUCCCGCGUUCCCGGCGCCCCCUCUUCACAGCGUGGAAAGAAAGGGAAAGAAGACUCCAAGAUCGCGAUCACGGAAGUUCGGGAGGGGGCUACGGAAAUCCGGGAUGUGACCUGGGGACAAUUGCGCGCAGAGGCUGGGCAGUUGGCUGCGGCGAUGAAGGCGCAUGGUGUGGGGAAGGGGGAUCGGGUUGUGGUGGUCGCAAGUAACUCGCUCGAUACGCUGAAGGUUUUCUUGGCAUGUACCUGGUUGGGCGGGCUGUUUAGUAGCAGUUCGACGGAUAUGGGCGUCAAGGGUGUCUUGCAGAGGGCGUUGCAGGUUACUCCAAAGUUUAUGUUCAUGGACGACUUCGCGAUUUACAAUGGGAAGAGAGUAGAUUUGCGGCCCAAAAUGAGGGAGAUUGUGGAGGGUAUGAAAGAUGUGAAGGAGUUUGAGGCGAUGGUGAGUAUGCCACGCUUCCAAGAACCGGUUGAUAUCUCCAGCAUUCCGAAAACGCAAACGCUUUCUGCGUUCCGGGACGUUUCGAAGUCUUCUCCGGUCCCAGAAUUUGAACAAGUAGCUUUCCACGACCCCUUUCUUAUAGCCUACUCCUCAGGCACAACCGGUACGCCGAAAUGCAUUGUCCACUCUGUAGGCGGCGCGACACUUUCCUCCGCCAGAGAGGGACAGCUUCAUCGUGGGAUCAACUCCGAGUCCGUAGUUCUGCAGUACACAACAACGGGCUGGAUCAUGUACUUCUCAUCCGUCAUGAACCUUUUGGCCGGAGCAAGAGUCGUGUUGUAUGACGGCAGUCCUUUCAUUCCAGACCUAACAACAUUCGUGAAGUUAAUCGGAGAUCAGGGUGUGACAGUGUUAGGGACAAGUCCAAGGUGGAUGCAUGAACUUGCUACGAAUGGGAUCAAGCCAAGAGAAGUGACGGAUUUGAGUAAGCUCCAGGUAGUGAGCAGUACAGGGAUGGUGUUGAGUGACCAACAAUUUGAAUGGUUUUAUGAUGCUGGGUUUCCGAAGCAUGUUCAGCUAGCGAAUAUUGCUGGAGGCACAGAUUUAGCUGGAUGCUUUGCUCAGGACAACCCACUCACACCCGUCUACGUCGGCGGAUGCCAGGGGCCCAGUCUCGGCACUCCCCUCGCAGUCUACGAUUCCCUUAUCGAAGGCGGAAAGGGUGUCCCUGGCGCAGUUGUCGAGCACGGCACACCAGGAGAACUAAUCGCACCCUCCGCAUUCCCCAACAUGCCCGUAUUCUUCUGGAACGACCCAUCAGGCGAGCGCUACUUCUCGGCCUACUUUGAGAAAUACGACAACGUCUGGACACACGGCGACUUCAUCAUGAUCCAUCCCGUCACGAAGAACGUUGUCUUUCUAGGUCGCGCAGAUGGUGUUUUGAAUCCUUCAGGUGUGAGAUUUGGGAGUGCAGAGAUAUAUAGCGUUAUUGAGGCUGGCUUCCCCACGAUUGCGGAUAGUAUUUGUGUCGGUCAACGACGACCGCAAGAUUCGGAUGAGAGUGUGAUGCUGUUUUUAUUGAUGAAGAAGGGGGAGAAGUUCACAGGCAGGCUCGUGAAUGAUGUGAAAGCGGCCAUAAGGAAGGAAUUAAGUGCGCGGCAUGUGCCAAAAUAUAUAUUUGAGACGCCGGAUAUUCCUACGACGGUCAAUUUGAAGAAAGUGGAAUUGCCGGUCAAACAAAUUGUCUCGGGCAAGGUGAUUAAGCCUAGUGGCACCUUGCUUAAUCCAGGAAGCUUGGAUUACUACUAUCAGUUCGCCAAGGUUGAAGAACUGGAGCAGGUGAAGAGUAAACUAUAG